GUUCAAUAGCGUAACGUGAGAUAUGAAAGAUGGUGCGAGAGUCUGAGCCUCUACAUAACUUGAAGGUUCAGUGUUUUACCUACUGUUACACUGAACUCAGCGCUGAGGGUCACCAUGCUCAGGGUGCAUAUCUUGUUUUCGCUCGUCUUCUGUUUUCCCCUUGUCAUUGCACAAUGUCCAGCACCUCUUUCGUCUGCAGAUGAAUUCCUUGCAAAGACGUAUGACUACCUCGUCAUCGGAGGAGGAACAGCUGGAUUGACCGUCGCAACUCGUCUUGCAGAAGACACUAGCUUCAAUGUGGGAGUGAUUGAAGCUGGUUACUUGCAUAUCCCCGAUUCCAAUAUUUCUGUUCCAUUCUUCGAAAAUAAUGCGGUAUUUCAUCCAGAGUAUGAUUGGAUGUUGUCCACAGUCCCGCAGAUCAGCACAGGAAAUCGCUCGAUAGAGACACCCCGAGGAAAGUUGUUAGGAGGCUCGAGUGCGAUCAAUGGUAUGGCGUGGACUCGUGCAUCGAUUCCUGAAUAUGCUACAUGGGACUCUCUUAACGACUAUUCUGGUGGUUGGGACUGGAAUAGUCUUCUUCCGUACUUCCUAAAGAGUCAAAUGAGAGAGGCCAACCCCGAGCCCGGGCUUUCGGGCUUCUCUACCUCCUACGAUCAAAAUGGCUUUUAUGGUCCUAUUGCAACUUCCCUUAAUGCGGAGUACAGUGGCAUUAUUCCACCUUACAUCGAUGCGUUGGAGCAACUCGGCGUCUCGAUAAACCGUAACCCCUUGGAUGGCAACACUUCAGGAAUUUGGAAUGCCCUCGUAGCUGUUGAUCGAAACAGUGGGUCGCGUUCCGACUCGGCGACCGGUUACUAUUGUCCCUCCGCCAAGCGUCCCAAUCUCCAUGUCUUGUCCGGCGCUACUGUCACUAGAGUUCUCUUCGACAACAGUACCAGCAAUCUAAUAGCUACAGGGGUAGUCUUCAUAUCCGGCGGUAGCCAAUAUGUUGUGAAUGCAACAAGGGAGAUUGUUUUAAGUACCGGCGUGUUAAAGACGCCUCAAUUGCUGGAGCUCUCCGGGGUCGGAAACGCGACUCUCCUCAAGAACUUAGGCAUAAAUCCUCUUAUUGAUCUACCAGGUGUCGGUGAAAAUCUUCAGGAGCACGUCUUCAUCACCACCCAGUACGAACUGACGGAUACCUUCCGAGGCAUCACUUUUGAUGACUUUGGGAAUGCUACCUUCGCUAGUAUGCAGGAAGCAAUAUACAACAAGACUCGUCAAGGCUGGCUGGCAGCAACGAAUUGCGCUUUCCUCUUCCUUCCAUUGGACGGGUUCCUUAAUGAAACAGAGGCAUCUUCUCUUCUGGAUACGUUCGACCAAUCGGUACAAUUGCUGGAGAGUACUGGCUCAGCUUCACCCCUUGUCAAAGCGCAGUUGGGGUUCCAGCGCUCAUGGCUCACCAACGGGACUGUACCUCAGAUGGAGAUCAUUCAAAUCGCCGGAGGGCUAGUUGAAACGGUCCCAGGAAAGCAUUACAUGUCUCUACUGAGCGGGGUUAUGCAUCCUGUCAGUCGUGGCUCCGUCCACAUCAACACAACAAAUGCUCUGGCACCCCCAGUCAUUGUAUCCAAUUUUCUCACUGCUGAUUUUGACGUCCAGCUCCUCCUGGACCUCUUCACCUUUAACAACAAGAUUGUGGCCACGGAGCCUUUGUCUUCAUAUAUUACAGCCCAGAUUCUGCCCCCUCCCAACUUAACAGAUUCUGAUCUUGUUGCCUAUAUUCGCGAGACCUUUGCUAUUGGGGACCACAUAAUGGGCACCGCUACCAUGGCCAGCCGGUCACUCGGAGGUGUCGUAGACCCUCAUUUGAAGGUUUACGGUACUUCGAACCUCCGCGUGGUCGAUGUCAGUGUCUUUCCCUCCCAAAUUGCCUCACAUUUGCAAGCAACGGUUUAUGCGAUCGCAGAAAAGGCCGCGGACCUAAUCAAAUCUGCUGUUCAGUAGUUUAGCACGACAUUGAAAGUCUUUCUGAGGAUGGGUGGAGCGUUUGGAGGGGAUCACGCCGCAGGCAACGAGUCUAAGUACAUACUAACACAUCUUAUUUUCUCUUCAUUUCCGUUCCGAGUGUACCCUAGCGAGAAUACACAUCUUACACGUUGUCUAGUACCUGUACUCGCCCAGUAGAUGUUAACCACCUCAGUCAUCAUAAACCGACACUGACGUGAGCACUAUCUUCCGCGCCUACCUACAUCCUACUUGCUUUACCUAAUCACUCGUUUGUCGUAUUUGCUGA